GACAACAGGUGAGGGUACAAGAGUAGUACUGUCACUGCUGUCUAAAGCUGAGGUGUGUGAUAGUCAACCUUGUCCUCUCCAUCAACAUGAAGCUGUGUCUCCUCAUCUGUGUGGCCAUUGUUGGGGCUUCGGCUUACAGCGUCAGGAAGGCUGUGAGUGAAAAAGAGGGGCAGUGUCCAGAAUCUUCCGGUUUGGCCGGCAUCUGUAUCUUCAUCCCUGGGGUCAACUGCUUGUCGGACUCCGAGUGUGCUUCUGACUUGAAAUGCUGUUCUGAAGGAUGCGGCAAGCAGUGUAAGAAGCCAGUGGCUCUCGCCACAGCUCACGCAGGAAGCUGCCCAAAGCCCAGUGGGAUGGCUGGCAUCUGUAUGAUUCUGCCAAACAGUUGCAGCGGUGAUGACUCGUGUGCCUCAGACGAGAAGUGUUGUCCUGAGGGAUGCAACCUCGUCUGCAAGAAGGCCAUUUAGCCAUUUGAGUUCGAAGGAAAUGCUCGCCAUGUGAAUGUACUGAGGUGGAAGAUUAAAAAGGUUAAAGAUGCGAA